AUGAGUGAACAAUAUCCGAGCACACACUGGGUCGGUCGUCAGACCCCCAGUUUGGAUCCCGCAGCGUCUAGCUCGCAAGAGUGGUCGCUGCGCGGAGAUAGAGAGCAUCUAGAGAGAGAAAAUGCACGCGCAAUAUACCCUCGGUAUUCGUGGGCAAGAGGUACAACCCCCUUUUCGCCCCACGGUGCUGAAUAUACCCCUGCGCCUAAUGCGGAUUUCUUCGAGUCAGACUCGAGGAUUCCGGCUCUCUCUCGCGAGGACAAGGGGGCUACGAAUGACGAUAAUAAACACUAUGCCGAACACUACACAUUUGGUUGCUUGUCGGGGACUGGAAGAUCCGGCUCCCUAAGAGGAGUCUCUUCCGAUGGACCGACACGAACCGUGACCAGACAAGGCGCGGGUGCAUACCUAUCCAAAAACUUCUCUCUUGACUCCCUCCUCGUGUCUGACAUGAUCGGCGAGGGCGGAUAUGGUCGUAUAUACCAAGGACGGCAUGCGGGUAGUGGGCGUGUCCUUGCUAUCAAGCUCAUCCCCCGUUCGAGUACGACCGAUCGAGUCAAAGACUCGAUAGUCAGAGAGCGCGACGUUGGGAAAUGCAUCUCCGACGCCAAAGUCAGAGUUGGCGCUCAGGCAGGCUGCCCAAAGAUCCUGGGUCUUUUGCACCUGCUUGGGGCCCUCGUGGCUCCAGAGUGUGUCGUCCUUGCGAUGGAAUUAUGUCUGUCCGAUAUGGCACACAUAAGCCGUCCAGACGAGAACUCAUUGAGGGUUUACUCUGGUGAGCUUAUCUGCGGCCUGCACUAUUUGCACGACGCUUUGGGAUAUGUUCACCGCGAUCUGAAACCGGCCAACAUCCUGCUGACCAGGGAUGGGCAUGCCCAGAUUGCGGACUUUGGCCUUGCGCUUGACAUAUCAAAUGUCAACCAAGAACCAAAGCCAUUGAAACCAGGUCAAAGAUACUAUCAUGGAGUAGGCACUCUUGGGUAUAUCCCACCAGAGGGUCAUGUCCUGGGUAUCCAGGGCCCCGAGGGUGAUGUGUGGGCCCUUGGGGUGACCUUGUACAGGCUAUUGACAGGGACGCAUCCAUUUCGCCGUGACAGCGAUGAUGCCGAAACCCUGAUCAAUGACGUUGUUCGUAGACCCCUUUGCAUGGUCUUCACAGAGAUGCUCCCUAAAAACAUUGAGAUAUUGAUCAAGGGCCUCAUGUUGCGAGACAGAGAGGCCCGGUGGACCCUCGAACGUGCUAUGGACGCAGAGUGGUUCCACGAAGUUCCCAACUUUUGGGAGAGACUGAGGGAUGGAAGCCUGCAGCCUCCAAGAUUACCCAAUGAACUGCUUGCUGUCCCCACGUUGGGGAAGAUGCGCAGCUUGCGACGGGUAAUCGACGAGGACUCGAGGUUUCGAGGACGCUUGCGGGUCAUGAAUGGGAUCAGCGAGUGCUCCGAAGAAACGGGCAUUUAUUACGAGCAUCCUGAACUCUCUCCCAAAUGA